CCGGGGGUGCCACACUGCAGUGUCACACACAGCUGAGCCUAGGGCCAGCACACACCGAGGCACCAACGGGGCCAAGUCUGGUCACACGGCCUCGUGACCCAGAGCCCCGGCCCGCGGGCCCAGCGGAUGUGUCACAUGCGCACAGGAAGCGGUCCCCACCCAGACACGGGUGGGCACAUCUGCCGGGGACACGGGUGGGCACAGCCUUCCCACGCCAGCCCCGCCCCCGCCCCAGCCCGUGUCCAGACCCGGAGAAGUCGGGCUCACAUGACAGGGGAGGGCCCUGGGGCCGUGCUGUCCUCGGAGAAACCGCAUCACCCUCCGGGAGGAUAAAGGCUCAGAGCGCCCGACCUUCCCCGGAGUCCACUUGCCUCCUGCGGGCUCCUGCUCCCCAGCCUGCAUCUCCCCGAGAUGACCGCUUGGAUGGUGCUGCUGGCCCUGCGGGCCUCGCUGCUGCUCCCCCUGGCCGGCUGCACAGCCCCCAAGGCCACCCUGCGCUUCGUGGCUGUGGGUGACUGGGGCGGGGUCCCCAACGCUCCAUUCCACACGGCCCGGGAAGCGGCCAACGCAAAGGAAAUCACCAGAGCCGUGCAGACGAUGGGAGCCGACUUCAUCCUGUCCCUGGGGGACAACUUCUACUACACCGGAGUUCGCGAUGUCAAUGACAAGAGGUUCCAGGAGACCUUUGAAGAUGUGUUCUCCGACCGCUCCCUGCGCAGCGUACCCUGGUAUGUGCUGGCCGGGAACCACGACCACCUUGGGAACGUCUCGGCACAGAUUGCCUACUCCAAGAUCUCCAAGCGAUGGAACUUCCCCAGCCCCUUCUACCGCCUGCACUUUAAGAUCCCGCAGAACAAUGUGACUGUGGCCAUCUUCAUGCUGGACACGGUGACGCUGUGUGGCAACUCAGAUGACUUCCUGAGCCAGCAGCCCGAGAGGCCCCGAGACCCGGCAGUGGCCCGCACCCAGCUGUCCUGGCUCAAGAAGCACCUGGCGGCGGCCAAGGAGGACUACGUGCUGGUGGCCGGCCACUACCCCGUGUGGUCCAUCGCCGAGCACGGGCCCACCCGCUGCCUGGUCAAGCACCUGCGCCCCCUGCUGACCACCUACGGGGUCACGGCCUACCUGUGUGGCCACGACCACAACCUGCAGUACCUUCAAGAUGAGGAUGGCAUUGGCUUUGUACUAAGUGGGGCUGGGAACUUCAUGGACCCUUCUGUGAAGCACCAGCGCAAGGUCCCCAACGGUUACCUGCGGUUCCACUACGGCUCCGAGGACUCGCUGGGCGGCUUUGCCUACGUGGAGAUCGGCGCCAAAGAAAUGACCGUCACCUACAUCGAAGCCUCGGGCAAGUCCCUCUUCAAGACCAGCCUGCCUCGGCGGCCCAGGCCCUGAGCUCCCGGGAGGCCCGCUGCGCCCACGGGGGCCUGAAGCGGGGGACCCUGCAGGUGGCACAGGGACCAGGGCCCCAGUAAAGAAGCCACAGCGCCAUGUGGCAAAAACAGGCACUGGUGCCCGCGUAGGUGAGGCAGCGCGGAUGUGAGUCCUGGCCUGCGGCCUGCGUGUCACACACUCGGGGUGGGAGGUAAUCCGGUGUCCUCUGUCACUGUCAUUCAAUAAAGGAAGUGUUGCCAAGGCUGCAUUCGUAUCUGGGACAUGUUGUG